AGCGUCGCUGCCGAUGGCUGGGAGCCGGGCUGGGAGGCGCUGGGCGAGCAGUGGGUUCCAGACGCGCCGCCGCCUGGUUGGGGGCUGGCAUGGCCGCGUGCUUGUGAACGCGGAGCGCGCGAGGGGCAGCUGCCACCAUGCCCGGGGGCGUGGGCGCCGUCCGGCUCUGCCUGCUGGCGCUCGCCCUGCCGGGGUGGACCAGAAGAGGAAAUGUGGAAGGCAGCCCCCAGCUACAACAUGAACGAAUAAUACCUCAGUGGAAGACUGAAAGCCCCACGAAAGAAAAGCAUCCACUCAAAGCUGAGCUCAGGGUAACGGCUGAGGGGCGAGAAUUCAUCUUGGACCUGGAGAAGAAUGAACACCUUUUUGCUCCAGCCUACACGGAAACCCAUUAUACUCCAAGUGGCAACCCUCAAACCACCACUCUGAAAUCUGAGAACCACUGCUUUUACCACGGGACGGUGAGGAAGGCAGAAGAGUCCAGCGUGACACUCAGCACCUGCCGGGGAGUGAGAGGACUGAUCAUGGUGAGCAGUAACCUCAGCUAUAUCAUCGAGCCCCUCCCUGACAGCGAGGGCCACCACCUUAUUUACAGAUCUGAACAUCUCAAGCUGCCCCUGGGGAACUGUGGGGUCGAGUACUCCAAGUCCACCACCAGGGACUGGGUCCUUCAUUAUACCAACCAGACCAGGAAACGACCUCGCAGGAUGAAAAGGGAAGAUUUACACUCCAUGAAGUAUGUGGAGCUUUACCUCGUGGCUGAUUAUGCAGAGUUUCAGAAGAAUCGGCGGGACCAGGAUGCCACCAAACGCAAGCUCAUGGAGAUCGCCAAUUACGUUGAUAAGUUCUACCGGUCCUUGAACAUCCGGAUUGCCCUCGUGGGCUUGGAAGUCUGGACGCAUGGGAAUAUGUGUGAAGUCUCGGAGAACCCCUACUCUACUCUCUGGUCAUUUCUCAGCUGGAGGCGCAAGCUGCUUGCCCAGAAGAACCAUGACAACGCACAGUUAAUCACGGGCAUGUCUUUCCACGGCACCACCAUCGGGCUGGCCCCCCUCAUGGCCAUGUGCUCCGUGUACCAGUCUGGAGGAGUCAACAUGGACCACUCUGAGAAUGCCAUUGGCGUGGCUGCCACCGUGGCCCACGAGAUGGGCCACAACUUCGGAAUGAGCCAUGAUUCUGCGGAUUGCUGCUCGGCCAGCGCAGCUGAUGGCGGGUGCAUCAUGGCGGCUGCCACUGGGCAUCCCUUUCCAAGAGUCUUCAAUGGAUGCAACAGGAAGGAGCUGGACAGGUAUCUGCAGUCAGGCGGCGGGAUGUGUCUCUUCAAUAUGCCAGACACCAGGAUGCUGUAUGGAGGCCGGAGGUGUGGGAAUGGGUACCUGGAAGAUGGGGAAGAAUGUGACUGUGGGGAGGAAGAGGAAUGUAAUAACCCAUGCUGCAGUGCCUCGAAUUGCACCCUGAGGGAAGGGGCCGAGUGUGCCCAUGGCACCUGCUGUCACCAGUGUAAGCUGCGGGCCCCAGGGACCCCGUGCCGUGAGCAGGCACGGCAGUGCGACCUCCCAGAAUUCUGCACGGGCAAGUCUCCCCAUUGCCCCACCAACUUCUACCAGAUGGAUGGCACCCCCUGUGAGGGUGGCCAGGCCUAUUGCUACAAUGGCAUGUGCCUCACCUACCAGGAGCAGUGCCAGCAACUGUGGGGGCCUGGAGCCCGGCCUGCUCCUGAUCUCUGCUUCGAGAAGGUGAAUGUGGCAGGGGACACCUUUGGAAACUGUGGGAAGGACAUGAACGGGGAACACAAGAAGUGCAACAUGAGAGAUGCCAAGUGUGGGAAGAUCCAGUGUCAGAGUUCUGAGGCCCGGCCGCUGGAGUCCAACGCAGUGCCCAUCGACACCACCAUCAUCUUGAACGGGAGGCAGAUCCAGUGCCGGGGCACGCAUGUCUACCGUGGUCCCGAGGAGGAGGGGGACAUGCUGGACCCAGGCCUGGUGAUGACCGGGACCAAGUGUGGCUACAACCACAUCUGCUUCGAGGGGCAGUGCAGGAACACCUCCUUCUUUGAGACAGAAGGCUGCGGGAAGAAGUGCAACGGCCACGGGGUCUGCAACAACAACCAGAACUGCCACUGCUUCCGGGGCUGGGCCCCGCCCUUCUGCAACACGCCCGGCCAGGGGGGCAGCCUCGACAGUGGGCCCAUGCCCCCUGACAGUGUUGGUCCUGUGAUAGCCGGAGUGUUCACAGCCAUGUUUGUGCUGGCGGUCCUUUUGCUGGUCUACUACUGCUGUAAACAGAAGUACAAACUGGGCCAACUCAAGCCCUUAGCCCUCCCUUCCAAAUUGAGGCAACAGUUCAGCUGUCCCUUCAGGGUGUCUCAGAACAGUGGAACUGGCCAUGCCAACCCAACGUUUAAGUUGCAGACGCCCCAGGGCAAGAGAAAGAUGACCAACACCCCUGAAACCCCACGGAAGCCCUCCCAUCCUCCUCCUCGGCCCCCUCCAGACUAUCUGCACUGUGGUUCCCUACCUGCGCCAUUGCCCGUGCACCUCAGCAGGACUGCUAGGAACUCCCCAGGGCCCGGGUCUGAAGUAGAGAGGAAGGAGUCAUCCAGGAGGCCUCCUCCAAGCCGGCCAGUUCCCCCGGCCCCAAGCUGCAUCCUCUCCCAGGAUUUCUCCAGGCCACGGCCCCCGCAGAAGGCGCUCCCGGCUAACCCGGUGCCAGGCCGCAAGAGCCUCCCCAGGCCCGGUGGCACGUCCCUCCUGCAGCCCACUGCCGCUACCCCUCUUCAGCCCCGGCCUCUGGCAGCACCUGUUCCAAAGUUUCCUGAAUACAGAUCACAGAGGGCCGGGGGGGUGAUUGGCUCGAAGACCUAGACCUCUCUACAGGGGCUUCUGCCUUUCCUUGAGGACUCUGAACUCCCGAGAGGAUCCGUGGCCAUGAAAUCUGGAACAAGCAUGUCUGGCCACCUCCAAGUCCUUCCCCGCCUCGUUCCCUCCUCCCAGAACCACCGCAUAUCUGAAAAUCUCUUUUUUGACUCGGUGCCUCCUUGGCUUCCUGGGAGGCCCAGACAGACUACUAUCUAACGGCAUCAAAAUGUUGUUUUGUGCAAUACACUGCCCCGGGGAAGGGGGGAGAGAGCACGGAAGAGGAUGAAUGGUGGCUUCUUCUCCAACCUCCUUUCGGCUGGCCUGUCUCCUCAGAGGUGCCAGUGGCGAUGGUCUGGGCUGUCUGAGCUGGUAAGCCCAGCUGGGAGAGGGCCUCUUCAGUCCAUCAGCCCAGGACUUAGCUUGGAGAAGCCAUCCAUCCAUGUCCUAUGGUGGAGGGCAUGCAUCAGAGCUUUCCAUUGCUUCUGUCUUCCUUGAAGGCCCCAAGCUAGACAGAGGCCGGACGUUUACUCAUCCCUUCUAGCUCUGAGAUUGAGAGGGGUCAAACCAGCCUCCACUGUGGCCCCGCCCAGGGCUUGGUUGACGUCACCACUCCUGGGUCUGUGACCACAUGGGACCAAGAGAAGUCUCUUCCCCUCCCCAAACCCCCACCACCCCUUGUUCACACGGGUCCCCCUGACUCUGACAGGUACUAUUUGUGGGCAGUGUAGACAGCAGAGGGAGCACCAGGCUUGGGCCUCCUCUGAGCCAAUGCCAAAGGAUGCGGCUCUCAACUCGGAAUCAUUCUUGGUUGCCUUUUGUUUUCUUCUCUUUCCAAGUGCUCAGCACUUUUGAUUUCUCCCUCAGAAAUUUCUUCUUCCCCGCUCAGACCUACCUAAUGUGUGGUGCUGUGGUGAGUGGGUUUUCAGCAGUUCCAGCCUCUUGGAGACCUGGUGCUUGUGACCUACACAUGAGAAUCCUGCUUUAAGUGUCAGCCACUGGAUUUCCUCUGUGGUUCUCAAGAGUGUCAUAAAAGCGUCGAAGCUUUAUUUGCCAUUGUGUUUGUGACCUCGGCAGGGUGAAGGUCUUACCCCCUACUCCCUGAUGGAAAUCUAAGGUAGGUCCUCAGGGAUGGCAGCAAAGGGGCCAGAACCCUAGCCUGUCCCUAGGUCUGGUCACUGAUUUGAGGCACGAUCAUUGCCCUCUGAGCAGAGAGCUGACCUGUCUCUAGAGAUCCAUAGAGAAGCAGUAGUCAACGGUCUUGACGGAACAGAGUCUGAGCUGGGCACACCAGGCUUUUUAUCAUCCACUUCCUUGUGUUCUUUCUUCUGGUCACUGCCCUUAUCUGACCUUUACAGAAAGAACUUGGAGCAGCUGGGGAAAUGCCACUCCAAUGGGUACUACCUCCCCACCCCCCACCCCGGAGCAGGGAAGGAAGGCUAUGUGGUGCUCUGCUAAAGUGGACGACUUGUCACUGGACAUGUCCUCUGGUGAUGGUCUCCCGCCCCCAGAAGGGUGCUGUGCUGUCCCCACCUCCUGCAGUGAGCUAUUGUUCACUCUUGAAAACCUCAACGCAAGGAAGAAGCUUGAGCUUUCACUCCCAACCACCAACCCAGGGCCCCCUUACAAUUCUCUGAAUAUGACAGGUGCUCAAUAGAUGUUCUCGGGUUUUAGACAAGUGGGAGAUUUGGCAAAUGCCCCUGGGGACACACAUGGGGUGGAUUUAGAAAGAUCUCAGGAAAAUGAGGCUCUUUUCCCUCAGGUAGUCUGAUAUUCAUGCCUCUGUCUCCCAGACAUGGGCCCUGGUUGGUCCCCAUAGCCAGGUUCCACCUUCCUUGCUGCCUGAUUAGGUCAGGGGACAGCUUUCCAUGUAAUUCCAAACACCCCAGCCCUCAAGGUGGGGUCCCAGAAAAGUAAAGGUGAAAAUACCCUGGCAAAAAAAAAAAAAAAAAAAAAAAAAUCACUCGUACCCACCCGCAUGCCUCACAGACGUUCCUGUGGUACGUGCAGCUUGUCUCCCAUACAGGAGGAGGUCGAAAGCUCCAAAGUGAAAAUGCCACAGCCAUUGUGGUUGCGUGAGCCUUUUGAACCUGAAAUCCACCCUCCAGAAAGAGCCCUGGGUUGUAUUUUCUUGUGUUUCUGUUUUUGUCUUCUGUUAUGUUAUUCCCACCUCCAUCCCAUAAAAUUGUACUGUGAACUGGAA